UUAAAUUUGAAAAAGAUUAAGAAUUACAGUUGCCAUAUAUCCCCGCCGUGCCCCACGUGACUUCCUUUCCGGUCUAACCUGACAACAUGGACGCCAGCCGCGUGCAGCCGAUUAAGCUCGCAAGAGUCACCAAGGUGCUCGGAAGAACUGGUUCCCAGGGACAGUGUACACAGGUCCGUGUUGAGUUCAUGGACGACAGCAACCGCUCCAUCAUCAGGAACGUGAAGGGCCCAGUGAGAGAAGGAGAUGUGCUGACACUUCUGGAGUCUGAAAGAGAAGCCAGGAGGCUGCGAUAGUGCCCGCUGAAGCUGUGAGGUGUAAAUCCAACGCUGUGGAGCACAAGGCAUCAUCGGUUUCACUUGGAAUGGCCAACAUCUCACUUGUUCAGAUGUUUUGAAAUAAAUUUGGGUAUUAAGAUGA